UCUGUUCUUCUGUUCCAGAGACAAUCUUCUGCUACAACUACGGAAGCUUCCACAAGAUUACAAAGAGAAUGGAAAGUUUCUGAGGUCCUGGAAGUAAGUGAGCGUUCUCGCAGUCUGCCAGUGUCAGCCACUUAACCUUGAGGAGGGAACUCACCUUAAAGUUCUCCAGCUUCUAAAAUUGUGUUUCUCAGAAGGAAUCAGUGGCGGCAUACGUGAAUUCAUAAGUGACACUGGAGUUAAUAAUGUGACAGAGAUACACAAAAAGAUUUGCUGGAGAAGAACGACUCAAAAUUGUGGACUAAUUUUGAAUACUUCCUUUUAAUUUUUAACAUAGUUUUCUCUCCCCCACCCCCCAAACACUGCCAAAAGAUGCCAGCCAAGACACCCAUCUACCUGAAAGCUGACAACAAUAAGAAAGGGAAGAAAUUCAAGCUGAGGGACAUUUUGUCUCCUGAUAUGAUCAGCCCACCUCUGGGGGAUUUUCGCCACACGAUUCACAUUGGGAAAGAAGGGCAACAUGAUGUUUUUGGAGACAUCUCUUUUCUUCAAGGAAAUUACGAGCUCUUACCUGGGAAUGAGGGCGAAACAGCCAGCCAGUGUGAAGGCCACAGUGAAUUCCUAAGGGCAAACAGCACCUCUGACUCCGUGUUUACCGAAACGCCUUCUCCGGUGCUCAAAAAUGCCAUAUCACUUCCUGCCAUCGGUGGUUCUCAAGCCCUCAUGCUGCCCUUAUUGUCACCAGUGACAUUUAAUUCAAAGCAGGACUCUUUGGGGCCGUUAAGGAAUCCCAGGCAUAGCUGUGAACCCGUAAUGGAAGAAAAGUUGCAGGAGAAGAGCAAACACUUGGAGAAUGGGAAAAUAUACAAAGAUGACAUCACAUGGGAGCGGAAUGUCCCAACAUCGCGGUAUACUAAUGGAAGAGACAGUCAUUCAUCCAGCCUUUCGGAACAAUACACUGAAUGGCAAACAGAGGAGUUAUUUGACAACGGCCAUCUUUCAUGUGAUCUAACCAAGACUCAGCCGAAAUCAGAAGACUCCCUUUCAGAUCUGGCAGAACCUCUCCUUUCUUUGCAACUUGACCUUGGCCCCUCACUUUUGGAUGAAGUGCUCAGUGUAAUGGACAAAAACAAAUUAUAGAACUUGUUGCUCUUUUCAUUUCGCUUAUUCAUAUAAAACACAACUGAAAUGUAUGGGCACCAUCCAUCCAAAGUCAAGCAAUUAAGGCUGCAAUUCUAUGUACACCUCUUUGGGAAUAAGAUUUAUUGACUCAAUGUGCCUUACUUCUUUGGAAAGCAUUGGGUGCAGAUCCAUUGAUUUCAGUGGCAGAGUUAAGCAUAUGUUUAAAUCAAAUCCAUUGAGAAUGAAUGGGAUUUAAACAUGCUGUUUGGAUGGAUAGUGCCUUAUUGAGUGUAUAUACAAUAUCAACUCUCUUUGAAGUUGACAAAUUUUCUAAAAGCAAAUGAUUUUAAACUAUUUUUUUAUGAAGUUUCCAUGGGUUUUUUAAUGUGGCAAGUGUCUCAUAAUGAGGACAUAUUUUAAUGUCACAAUUUUCAGCAGAAUUAAAAUGUUUUCUAAGAACCAAGAUAUUUUGUCAACAUAAUAUUUGGGAGAAUUCUGCAAGUUAGGAUAAUUAACUCAAUUCAUUUUCAGGAACCCUUUGGUUCUUAAUGGUCCCACAUGUGCCACACAGAAGAUUUAUGAAGUGAAGGUGAAAUGUUAAUUAGUUCAACAUUAUUUAAUAUGUAACUCCUCUCCUUCCCAGAAUGAUAGGGUUGGGUUUUUUAAUUAGCAAUGUUUUUCAUUCUGGCUGCAGUGUUAUUGUUGAAUGUUAAUGCAUAGCUCUGUGCUCAGAUGGGAAUGGCUUUUUCUGUUUAACUAUUAUGGGAAAUAUAUGUAGCCAAUACAAACUGGUGCCAUUGAAGUUACUGGAGCUUCCUGUGCAAGCUCUUACCCUAACAUGUAUUCAGUCCUAGACAAUCCAAUCUAAAAGAUAUUAAAAGACAAACUGUAGUAGCAAUUACCUUAUUUUAUGAGCUGAGAUCUAUUUUUGUGGACAUUAAAAUAGUUCUACACACACACACACACACACACACACACACACACACACGAAUUGCACCAGAGAGAGGUUGCUUAGCAUUUUCUUGGAGAAACUUUGUAUAAAUUGUAUAUUUGUGCGUGUUUGAGGAAAAUACGUAUUUGUUCUUUUAGCUUUGUUUCCUCGGUUAUUGACUUUGACACACACACACACACACACACUUAAAAUUUUGCAGUGGGUUAUCUUAUGGUUUAGAGGACAGCACCGGCUACUCACAAAGCUCAAAAGGUGCUGAAGCAAGCAGUACUCCAGGGAAUAUAGAGAUGUCCCUGCAUUGCGUAGAUACUUUGUGCAAUACAAUAAAGAAUAAAUGUGGAAAAAUCA